UUCAGUCUUGUUCUCGGUUCAGUCUGUAAGCUGUGUGUCUGCAGUGUGCAUGUGUGUGUGUGAGUGGGUGAGCAUGGACACACACACACCGCAGUGAUCUCGCCGCUGUAUGGAGGCUCUUCAGCACGUGUGUGUGCGUGUGAGUGUGUGUGUAUUAGUUCAGCUCUUCCAGCAUGACCGAGCCGGCAGGUAAAGAGCGCAGUCCUCCUCAGGUGUUUGUGGUGGACGCUCCGGCUCCAGCUCCGGCUCCGGCUCCGGUUCUGGUUCCGUUCAGACCGGUGUUCCAGCGGUUCUCGGCGGUGCAUCUGCUGCUGUCUGUGGCUCUGUUGGGCGUCUGCAUUGAAGCCGGUCUCAUCUGGAACCUGUACAGCCGGCCCACGCUGUCAUCAGUUUCACACAAAGACAACAAUGAAUCAUCAGACUUCCAGAAAAUGGGAUACAGUAAGGGAGGGAAUGACCUGUUUGACGGCAGUACUCAUGAGAGUAAUGAAAUUAUUCCUGAUAAAACCCGCAAAGCUGAGACCAAACCAGCUGCGUUUCUACAGAGUGCGUCUCCUCUGUCCACAUCAGAGGGUGUGUUGCGCUGGAGGCCGGAUGGUUUCCCGGUGUUCAUCAGGGGUUUAGAGCACCACAACAACAGUCUGAUCUGCCUGCAGGACGGCGUUUACUUCCUCUUCUCCAAACUCUCCUACAGAGUGAGCCACGGGUCGCUCAAACACAGCGUCAUGAUGAGGGCGGACCGCUACAGCAACAAACCCCUGGAGCUGAUGCAGAGCUACAGGUUUCUCUCCGUCUCCUCGUCUCAGAGCGGCCGUGACAGCAGUUAUCUGGCCGGUGUCUUCCAGCUGGAUAAAGGAGAUCAUGUGUUUGUGCAGGUCAGCAACAGUUCACUGGUUCACUACGAGCCCAACGAGAACUUCUUCGGUGCCUUUAUGGUCUAAAACUGACACACACACACAAACACACACUCAGAGUGUCAAUGCAGGUUUACAUGUAAUCUUUCAGAAGGCGUCUAGUGGAUAUUUGCAGUAUAGAUGUGUAUUUUUAUAGUAUAAACACCACAGUCUGACUGCAGAUCAUCACAGAGGCACAGUUUUGUGUUUAUUAGUGGCUAAUUCAUAUGUAUGUUUUAUUUAUUACAAAACACUGCAAAGAUGUGUGUCUUAAUGAGAGUUUUUGUCUUAUUUUUAGUCCAAAUAUCAAACAAUUGACCUUUAAGAGUUCACCCUCAGCUGAUGAUUGAUUAUAAAGCGUGUUUGGCAUGCUGUCCCGGGAGAGAGCCCUGACCUCAUAGGAUCCUCGAGCCCGGGGCUCCCUCCCGUUUGCAAUGCGAGAGGGGAGUUUGAGCUCAGGUAGAUCUGGAGAACUCCCCUGCUGUAGUAGCUAAUGAACAGAUAGUGAUCGCUCUUAAGAGAUAACUACUUACUAGGAGCAUGUCUAUGGUGCUGAUUUGGAUUAGUCAAUUAGCUUAAGUUGCAUGUUUUUGGACGGUGGGAGGAAACCCAGGGGAAACCCACGUGAGCACCGGGAGAACGUGUAAACUCUGCACAGAAACGUCUGCUGGCUUGGUAAGGACUAGAACCAGUGAUGUUCUUGCUGUGAGGCAACAGUGCUAACCACUGGGCCACCGUGCCACCCAUCUAGGAAAGGAGGAGAAGUAGGGGUGAGAGGGGGGAUUCUUCAAAAUGAAGAUGGCUGUGAUAUGGAACUAAGGGUAUUCAUAGUGGCUUAGGAAUCGUCUGAUUGGUGAAUCAUAAAUGCGGGACCAGCUGUGAUCAAUCAUAAGCAAGUGAUCCUCUCGACAUUAGUUUAUAAAUAAACUUCACUUAUCAUGAAGCAUUUUCCAGACAAGCCAAAAUAUUGUGAUGUUUUCAGUAAUAAAGAGUCAAUAUGAAGUGAGUUUUGCAUUAAAACAAAACAAUUCAGCAGCUAAUCAUUAUUACUGAUAUAAUUCAGCCUCAGGUCCACCAUUAUGUGAGAGAAACUGAAGAAAAGCAGUAAACUGUGUUCAUUCUCUAAGACUGAAUAAGGCUGGUUUAUGUUUAUUAUAUGAACUAAACUCUUGAUUAUUGCUGGAUCUACAUCUUGUGAAUAAAUGAACAGCAGAUGUUCACAGUUUUGCGUGAACUAACCCCUUUGAGUCUGAACUAGUUUAUAUUGUCACAGAUGAUGAACUCUCACAUCUCUGUAUGGUGUUUUCAUAUGAUGUGCUCAGUCCUAGUCAUGGUGUGUAGGGCUUUCUAAAAAUCAUAUAUUCAUUCAUUUUUUCUUCCGCUUAGUCCCUUUAUUAAUCUAGAGUCGCCACGGUGGAAUGAACCGCCAACUUAUCCAGCAUAUGUUGGCCGCUGCAACCUCUAUGGCCAAUUUAGUUUAUAAAUUCCCCAAUAGUGCAUGUGUUUGGACUGUGGGGGAAACCGGAGCACCCGGAGGAAACCCACGCCAACACGGGGAGAAGAUGCAAACUCCACAGAAACGCCAACUGAGUCAACCGGGACUCAAACCAGAGACCUUCUUGCUGUGAGGCCACAGUGCUAACCACUGAGCCACCGUGCCGCCCAUCAUAUAUAUUAGAUCAAUUGUCUAUAUGAAUUAGCCACUAACUAACACACACAGUGAGGUCUGUUUGGGAAUAAGCAGUGCAGAUUUACACAUGUCUAGUGUUUGAGAUGCUUGUAAACAUGACCUCUGUUGUGUAUCCUUUAUCUAUAAGCUCAUAUCUCUUUAUAUAUAUAUAUAUAUAUAUAUCACAUGUUUUUGUUGGAAGUGAAAGCCUGAGAUGGGUUAAUAUAUGCUGAUAUUUAGUCAAUGACUGGUUAUUUGGGGGGUCAGAAAUGCUGCAUGUGCAGAGUCUAUUACAGAGAGGCUACGCAGACUUGAUUUAAUGCAUCUCUGGAGUGUUUUGAUGCAGGUAAUGUAAUAAUGUGAAGUGUGUAACCGAUGAUCUUUAUGUCUGUUAGUUACUUCUGAGAGUUUUAAUGCAGAAGGAAACGUUUCAAUA